AUUUCAGCCAAUCCAGAGCGAAAGCGUCACCAACAUCAUUGAACUACAAUUCCCAUGAUGCCUGAGACACUGGACUACAGAAGCAAACAUGGCAGCCAUUGGCAGGUUUGUGAAGAACGCUUGGAAUAAAGAGCCUGUGAUCACAGUCUCCUGUGGCAUCGGGCUGCUGGCUUGCGCUCUGCCGGCUCUGAGCCCUUUAACUAAGUACACCGGAAUGAUGAACCAAGCUGUCCCUUACAAUUAUCCAGGUAUAUCACCCUCACGCAGCCUGUGCAUGCUUGACAUCAGGGUUAUUAGGGGUUUCCUUCGAUUACAGCAACUUUAAAUACAUAAAAUACAU